AAGAGGGGAUCGGAUCGAAACUAUAAAGAUCUUUGUGGGGUCUUUUUGGGGCUACAAAUCUGGUGCAGCUCAUCUGAACGAUGCAUGUAUUGUUUGGGGUUCUUCUGGGGCUGGUCGCCCUCGCCCAAUCCAAACCUGGCUACCAAUACGCCCAGCCUCAGCAGGGCGUCGCUCUGGUGAAUCAGAAUUUCGUUGGGGGCACUCUGGCCUCUUUGGGCAAUCAGCAGCCUCAACAGUCGCUGGUUGAAAGCCAGUCGAGCAGUUCCUUACAACAGGUGUUGCCUCCUUUGAGCCAAAGUCAGCCCUCUACAGUCUAUUUGCCUCAGGCGCAAAGUCAGGCAGGCGGCUAUCAGCAGUCCCUAUCGCCCAUCAACUUCCUGCAGUUCCUGCCUCCUGCCAGUUUCGAGCAGAAUCUCGCCCCUAUUCAAGCCCCGCUUCAAACCUCCGUUCAAGUCCCUAUCCAGUCUUCUCUUCAAACCUCUAUUCAAGCCCCUAUUCAGGCACCUAACCUUCUAGCGCCGAACACUCCAGAGCCUACGCAGUUUUUGCAGCCGGUGCAGCAGCAGCUGAUCCAGGCGCCUCCUCAAGGGGCUAUUGUUACCAAACACGUGUAUGUGCAUGUGGCUCCCGAGGAGCCCCUGUUGGCCCCUCAAGUGCUGCCGCCUCCUCCAGCCCCCAGGAAGCACUACAAGAUCAUCUUCAUCAAGGCCCCCAGCCAGGCCAGCCAACGGCAGGUGAUCCAGGUGCCUGCCCAGCAGGCGCCUGCUGAAGAAAAGACGCUGGUUUAUGUGCUGGUGGAUCGGCCGCAGCAGCCGCAGGUUGUGGUGCAGCAGCCCGUUGUGCAGCAGCCCUCCAAGCCGGAGGUCUACUUCAUCAAGUACAAGGCGAGUUCUGCAGCUGCAGGCGCAGCUGCAGGGCCGAGCCCAGUGAGCAGUGGGGAGAGCACGAGCUCGCUGUUUUCGAGCGGAGCUUCAGCUCCAAGCCCCCAAUACGGCCCUCCAGGCUACCAGAAGAGGAGCACCUGAGCGUCCCAGAGUGGCGUGUGAUUGUUACUGUUUUGUCACUUCGCUCGACUGAUUCAUAUGUAAUAAAUUCGUUUUAUGUA